AUGAGAGGAACAUUGAUGUUGACUUGGAUUCUGAUCAUCUGCCUCUCCCAAGUAGCAGUGCAGAGCCAAUACUACUGGAAAACCCGACCAUAUCAUCCCAGGCCAGUUAAGGUCACCAAUCUUCACUUCUUUAUGCACGAAACUGCGGGCAAUUCAGCAGUCCAGGUAGCCCAAGCUAACAUCACAAGCAACGAUAAUAAUUCAUCAGUGCCAUUUGCCUCCCUAGUUGCCUUUAAUGAUCCCCUCAGGAUUGGUCUUGAGCCUGACUCGAAGGUGAUUAGAAAUGUUCAGGGUAUUGCGCUCCUAUAA